ACAUUUUACCAUUGUUGGGAACGAUUCAAAGACCUCCUAAAUGCAUGUCCUCACCAUGGAUAUGAGAAUUGGAGGGUCAUUAGUUUUUUCUAUGAGGGGUUGCAACAAAAAAUGAGGCAAUUUAUAGAAACCAUGUGCAAUGGUGAAUUCUUCAACAAAGGGCCCGAGGAAGCGUUUGAAUAUUUUGACUAUUUGGCUGAAAAUGCCCAAGCUUGGGAUGUUUUUGACUUGUAUGAUUGAUCUGAAAAUCAAAAAUGUGUUGGUGGGGGUGGUAAAUACCACUUGAAAGAAUAUGAUGAUUUACAUGCUAAGCUUGCAUUAAUGUCUGAAAAGUUAGAGUCUUUAGAGCUUAAGAAAGUUGAUGAAAUGCAUGUUUUGCCAUCAAUUGAAAAAUGCAACAUAUGUGAAGAUACAGGAUAUGUGACUAAUGCAUGCCCAACAAUUUCGGCUUUUAAAGAAGUGUUGCUUGAUCAAUCCAACCCUGUGCAUAUGAUCUCUAAAAAUUUUUCUAAACCUUACUCUAAUACUUACAAUGCAGGUUGGAGAAGUCAUCCAAAUUUCAGUUGGAAGAAUGAACAACCUGGGCCAUCUACACAAGGACAAAGUCAGUAUACCCCAUAUGGAGCAGCUGGCCAAGGGUCGGGACCCUCUUACUUUGCAAAUCAGCCCCUCCAAUGCAAAAAAUGGAGUGAAAGAUUCCAUUCAACAGCUAACUACUACCAUACAACAAUUUAUGCAAAGUCAGGCACAGUCAACAGCCAGAACGCUCAAUCCAUCAAUGACAUCAGAGGGACCCUUACUAGAGUAACCACUACUCUAAGUAACCAAGAGAAAGGCAAAUUUCCCGCUCAAACCCAACCCAAUCCACAAGUGCAAAGUCAAUCAUCUCAGAAUAAUGGUGAAGGGGCCAAUGUGAAAUCAGUGAAAUCUAUUACAACUUUGAGGAAUGGUAAGGUCGUGGGUAUCCCUGUCCAUAGUGCAAGGAAGUCAGGCAACCUCAAGAACUUGAAGACAUUGAAGAAGUCAAUGCGUUGUAAUCCUUAUUUGCUGAAAAGUCUUUGUUAAAUUACGAUUGUGUGACGCCCCCAAAUCCCCACGCACGGACACGGGGAAAUCGAGACGUCCGGAUGAUGACAUCACGAGUCACCACCCUAUCGACGUGUGCCAAGUAUGUGUGUAAGCAAC